AUGUUUAAAUCAUCUGUAUUCAUCAUUAUCAUAUUCUACGUUUGGUCUAUUAAAAGUUUUAAUUUACCAACUGAAAUUCAUAUUGGAGCAAUAUUUGAUACUGGAGAUACAUUAUCUCGCCAAGCAUUUGAAUAUGCUGUUGCUAAAAUCAAUGCUCAAUCACAAAUAUUUACUCGAUCGACACUUGUUGUUACUAAUAUUGAUUUAGUUGAUGCACAUGAUAGUUUUUCAGCAUAUAAAAUGGUUUGUGCACAAUUACAAAAAGGUAUUGUCGCUCUAUUUACCGGUCGAUUGAGUCCUGCAAUAGAAUUCAUUAGUUCAGUAACACGUCAAUUACAUAUUCCAUUAUUUUUAUCAUCACCUGAUCCUCAAACAAAGGUUGAAUAUUACAUAGUUAAUGUCUAUCCACAUUAUACAGCUACAAGUCAAGCAUUUAGUGAUAUUAUUAAAUUUCAACAAUGGGAUGAAUUAGCGAUUAUAACUGAGCAUGCAGAAAAUUUACAUUAUCUUCAAGAUCUACUUCGAUUAACUUCAGAUAUUCAUCAAAUGAAAGUAACUGUAAGACAAUUACGAGGUAGACCAGGGAUUAAUAGUUGGCAUCCAUUGUUACAACAAUUACAAGAAACAGGAAUUUCAAAAUUUUUAAUUGAUGUAUCUACUGAUCAUCUUGAUGAUUUUUUCAAACAUGCUAAAGUUGUUGGAUUAGUCGGUCCUUAUUAUGAUUUUGUUUUAACUUCUUUGGAUAUAUCUGUUGUUAAAUGGAGUAAAAUUCUAUAUACAUUAGUUAAUAUAACUGGUUUGCAGUUUUUUGGUCGAGAAGAUCCAGCUGUUGACGAAUUUUUUGAUAAUACUAAUAAUUUCGAUGUGAAAGUUCCACUUGUUCCUAAUGAACGUUCAUUAAGGGCAUCAGCAGCACUUAUUUAUGAUUCAGUUUAUUUUUUUGCACGAGCUCUUAAUAAAUUUGUUGAACAACAUCCAUUGAAUAUAACAUCAUUAACAUGUGAUGCACAAAAACCAUGGAUACAUGGUUCCGCAUUUUCUCUUUUUUUAAAAAAGUUUGAAGCAAAUGGUAUAACAGGAAAGAUUAAAUUUGAUGAAAAUGGUUUACGAACAGAUGUAUCAUUUGAAGUUGUUGAUUUAGCUGCUGAUGGUGUACAAAAAAAUGGAAAUUGGUCAUCAAAUAUUCCAAAUCGAUUAGAAAUUCGAAGAAAUUUUACAAAAGAUUAUGAAACACGAAAAAAAGAAAUACAAAAUCAAACAUUAAAAGUAACGACAGUUAUUGAACCACCUUAUGUUAUAUUGAAUCCAAAUGGUACCAACUCGACAAAUAAAUAUAUUGGCUUUUGUAUAGAUAUUUUACUUGAGUUAGCUGAAAGACUUAAUUUUUCAUUCGAAAUUGAAAUUGUGAAAGAUGAAACAUUUGGAAAAAAAAAUGAUAAAGGAGAAUGGAAUGGUAUUAUUGGAGAAUUAGUGUAUCGUAGAGCAGAUGUAGGUUUAGCUGGUUUAACAAUUACAUCUCAACGUGAACAAGUAAUUGAUUUUACUAAACCAUUUUUAACACUUGGAAUAAAUAUUCUUUAUAAAAAACCAGCGCGUGUUAAACCAAAAUUAUUUGGCUUUUUUGAGCCAUUCAGUCCUAAUGUAUGGCUCUAUAUGAUUGCUGCUUAUUUUACUAUUAGUUUUGCUCUUUAUUUGACUGCAAGAUUAUCACCAUAUGAAUGGCGUGAUCUACAUCCAUGUAAAAGAACACAUGCAGAAUUAGAAAAUCAAUUUACGUUUUUUAAUUCAAUUUGGUUUCUCAUUGGAAAUAUUAUGCAACAAGGUACGGAUUUAAAUCCAACAGCACCAUCAACACGUAUGAUUAGUUGUUUAUGGUCUUUUUUUACUUUAAUUCUUGUUUCAUCAUAUACAGCUAAUUUGGCUGCUUUCUUGACUGUACAACGUAUGCAAACACCAAUUGAAAAUGCUAAUGAUCUUGCAUCGCAAACUGAAAUUCCUUACGGAUUUCAACGAGGUGGUUCAACGGAAAAUUUUUUUCGAGAAUCAAGAAUAGCAACAUAUGAACGAAUGUGGAAUUAUAUAUCUGCAAAUCAUGCAAGUGUCACUGUCGCAUCCAGUACUGAAGGUAUCAAUAGAGUAUUGAAAGGCAAAUAUGCUUUUCUUAUAGAAUCAACUACCAGUGAAUAUAAUAUAAUGAGAAAUUGUGAGCUAACAUCCAUAGGUGGUUUACUUGAUUCAAAAGGUUAUGGUUUUGGUGUACCACAAAAUUCUCCUUAUCGUGAUAUAUUAAGUGAUACAAUUCUCAAAUUACAAGAUGAAGGUGUUAUACAAAAAUAUUAUAAUAAAUGGUGGAAAGAAGCAGCUAAUUUAAAAUGUGAUCAAGAAGAUAAGCGAAAGGAUAUGGCCUCUGAAUUAGGUUUUGCUCAUAUUGGUGGUAUAUUUGUGAUACUUGCUGCUGGAUUAGUACUUUCAAUGGUUGUUGCUGCUGUUGAAUUUAGUAUUAAAAUACGAAAUAGAAAAGGACGACAGAUAUCAAUACGUGAAGAAAUGGAACGAUAUUUUCGUUUUGCUAUAUUCAAUGUUAGUGCAUCAAAACGACGAGCAAGUAUAUUUAUCAAAGAUGUUCCAUUACUUGAUCCACAUGAUCAUGAUAAUGAACAACUCAAACAUUGA